AUGUCAUCGCAGGCAUCUCAGCAACUGGAUGAAAAUUGGACUCUGAUGAAGAAAGGCUUAGAAGGCGUACCCACAGAAGCCAAAUGGUUAAGUGAAGUGACCCAACCUGGCAGUGUUAUUGGAUAUGAUCCAAAGCAGAUUCCAUUCACUACAAUGCAAGCUUAUAGGAGCGAGUUGUCCAAUGCAGAGGCUGCCCUCAGUGAUAUCGUAGCCUCCUGCGAGAAUGAUCAAUCACACGCAAGACAACUAAUCCCAGUGGACGGUCCCAAUCUGGUCGAUCUGGUUUGGGAAGCGAUGCGUGACAGCGGCGAGGAACGCGCUGUGCGACCACCACGUACAGCAAACCCGGUAUGCAUUGUUCCCCUAUCGUUUGCUGGACAAACGUGGCAACAGAAGGUGCAUCGCGUUAUCGAAAUGAUGCGACAGAAUGGCUCCUCUCUCCUGACCAUAUCUGCACUGGAUGAGAUAGCGUGGUUGUUGAAUUUGCGUGGGAGCGAUAUUCAAUAUUCGCCGAUAUUUUUUGCCUAUGCUCUUCUUUCCCUAUCGGAGAUGCAUUUGUUUAUGAAUCCGAAAACGUUGUCCGAUUCUGAAGGCCUGGAACAACAUUUGUCCGAUUCAGAAUUUAAGGUCAACAUUCAUCCCUAUCAGGAGUUUUUUAGUCAUUUGGACCAGUCUGUUCGGGAACUAUCAGACCGAUCGUCUCGAGUUUGGCUUGAUUAUCAAUCCAGUGAUGCCAUUGUGAUGCGUGUUCCUGAAACCAAGCGUUUGUUUCGCAACUCUCCAAUCAGUGAUUUGAAAGCGGUUAAGCUGCCAUCAGAGCUAAAUGGGAUUCGGCAAGCUCAUUUGGAGGAUUCCUUGGUUUUGUGCGAUUUCUUCGCGUGGUUGGAGCAAGUUUCAGAGACCAAUGGGCUCGUUGAACCGGAAUCGGAGAGCCCCCCAGAGACACCUCUAGAUGGUCGCACAUGUGAACCGGCCGGGAAUCCUCCAUUGGAUCCGCCGGAAAAGCUCACUGAGAGCAGUGCUGGGGAAUACCUGGAUCGUUUGAGGUCACAGGCCCCUGGGUUUGUCAGUUUGAGUUUCAGCACAAUUUUCGGAGCUGGUAAGUAUUUUUAUUUCCUGAGGUUCUAG